AUGUCGGGUGAAACAAAAAGAGAGAAGCGUCUGCCGUUGGCGUGGGAUUGGGGUUGGUAUCCAACAAAAGAGGGUAUGAAGGAGGCUUAUCGCCAGACGCUUGAGUAUGAGGAGGUAGUGAGGAAAUCCGAGGGGUUCGAUGUGGGUGGUCUUACAGCACCAGACCUUUGUCGUGGCCUGAUGGAAUACAUCUGUAGUAAUGAUACAUGUUGUCGCAUAGUCCUCCUUUAUGCUAGGAUGGGCCUUCAUCGUUACAAUUUGCUCCAGGGAAAAAACUUAGAGCUCAUUAGCGUAACGAAAUACAACCAGACCACCUUUUCUGCAGCUUGCGGUUACUACAUCACUUUGGAAGCCAUGGAUCCAGCUACCAAUUCGCCUCUCACUUUUCAGACUAGAGUUCAAGAACUUCAGUCUGGCAAAUUGGUUUUAUUGUGCGCGAUUGCUAGACCAUUAGGCGGAACCAACUUGGGUGAUAUCAAGAGAAGCAGCGAUUACAAACCUGUGAAAAACUUCUUCCUCUCUAAUACCAUUCCUCAGUGGCCCCCAGAAGAUCCUUUUGAAAACUCAAAGCGAUGUCGCGUGCUGGAGAAAUCAGAGGUGCAAGAGAAUGACGACUGGAUUCGUCUAUACUUGGAGCUUGCGGUUGCGACUACUAUUAGGAACAGCGUUAAGAAUCAUGACCUGUCCAAGUUGAAGAUUGUCAAAGUGGCUGUAGAUACAAGUACCCAAGAUGUGGAAGAGGGACUCAAGAACUCCAAGCAUUUUGUAAUUGUCUACAUAAGGUACAAGGACCCGUGCGUGGAUGCUCUACUUGGUAAUCAUGUUGUUGAUCGCCUAGCUAUAGUCAGAAGAACCUUUAAUGAGCAACAUGGAACCUUCAGUCUAGUGGGCCAGAUUCUGACUAGAGAUAUUAUACCAAAACAGAAGCUGAAGCUGCGGAGGAGGACUAGUUCACAACUCUGGUUUAGCCUGCGGCUGCGGUGGCGGCUCAGUGGCCUUGGCUUGUCUCGUCGUGUGCACACUAAAAGAUCCAUCAGGCUUCCAUCUCUUGGGCUCAGAAAAUCUACCCCAACGAAAAAUAAAGUGUCAGAAACGGAACUAGUCAUGGUGUCUUAA